UGUAUCAGCUGAUUGUUGUUUAGACAACAAACGCGCAAUCAUCGGCAAUGUCACUGCCUGCUCUUAGGGCGCUUCACAAUCUUUUCAUUCCUUCUUUAAAAGUUCGGUGUAUUGUUUUACCUAGAAGAAUACAUCAUAAAAUUCGUCAUUUUGAACCACGAACCUGUUCUAAAGCUCUUUUUACUACAUAUUCUGCCCUGCAGCAUGGUGAAUAUGAGCGAUUACCACCUAAAUCAGAAGAAGAUGUAGUCAACAUUAGAGUUGUGGACCGGGAUGGUAUAGAAUUUGACAUCCGAGGCAAAGUUGGUGACAACCUCAUGAUGCUGGCACAGCUCCAUGAUGUGGAUAUUGAAGGGGCGUGUGAAGCCUCUUUAGCUUGCUGCACUUGUCAUGUCUAUGUUGAGGAGCCUUACUUUGAACGACUGGAUGAGCCUGAUGUCAAGGAGGAGGACUUACUUGACAUGGCUCCAUUCCUUGCUGAAAAUUCCAGACUAGGCUGUCAAAUUUUACUACGCAAGGACCUUGAUGGCAUGCUGGUGCGCUUGCCUGUAGGCACCCGCAACAUGCGUGUUGACCAGAAGGGUCAACAGAAGGAGGAAAACGAAGACAGAUCAACCAGAUGAUUUUAUCUUCAUUGAAUCUUUAAAAUAGCAUCUAGAAAAAUAGGUCCAAUGGAUUCUAUUUUUGAUCCAUUUUCUCCAUAACUAUGAACUGACAUAGUCUUCAAAACUUUAUAAGCUGUGUAUUAUCAAUGUUACAAUUUGGAGUCAUCUUGGCUUGAAGAUGCGCCGACCUAUUAUGUGACGAGAGGUGGCUACGUUUGAAAAUGAUCAGGUGCUCCAAGAAUAUUUUAUUUCAACUUAAAGGGAGCCUGUCGGUCAAAAAUCGAAAAUUUUGGCUUUUCCGGUUUUUAGUCUCCUCAUUUAAAGGUCCAAAUAGUCCAAAUACUGCGCAUUUCUUGACCUACGCCAUGUCGACAGCCGUCGCAGCGCAAAAAAACCUAUACCUUCAAUGAUCACAAAUUACAGCUGUUUGGUCCUCCUGAAAACUAGGAACUUUCAUCUUAAAAAUCUGUCUCUUCCUGUAAUUUUCAAGCUGCAGCAUUGAGAGAUAUACCUACCAUUUGAUUUUAAAAAAGUCUCGAGAGAUUAUCCGGUCGUUUUUUUCGAUUUCUCGUUUGUUUUGAUUAUAUAUUAGAGUUCAGGGGUCAAACUUGAAAAAAAAACGAAAAAUUUUAUAAAAUGACCGGUUGAUCUUCAGAUAUGGUUGGUCUCUACCCAUUGAACGAUAUGUCUCUCGAUGUUGUAGCUUGAAAAUCCUAGGAAGGAGGAGAUAUCCGUUUUUGCCGUUUUAUAUGAAUUUCACGUUUUCUUAAAUUUUGUCGAAAAAUUUGCAUUA